AUGCUUGAUGAGGGUGAUCAGAAGGAAUUUGUGAGAAAAAUGGACUGGCCCUUCAAGCUCAUCGUAUUUGGCGAGGAGAAUACUUUGGUCUCUCGUGGUUUUUUCAGCAAUUCACAUUAUUGGGGAAAUGUGUUACGACAUGCGAAUGGGUUGUUAGGGGUGUGGAGUCACAAUGAUCAACUGAAUGCAGGACGUGCUCAUAUGGUCAAUGCGAUUCCCGGGAGCAUCAGUGGCGCUCAGGAGCACACAAGCUGGCUCUUUUACUCACGUUGUUGGACCCCGGAGGAGGCCGCCUUUGUUGGCAAAAGUACCGCACAACUCUUAAAGGACAACCCACGAUUAUCCACUCAAAUUCCAUUCACACGGAUGGACACACUUUUGAAAGUUUCUCACAAUGGUGAGGUGCCUGUACCAUCCAUAUCAAUCACACAAGAGGUUAAAGAUGGCAAUAUUCAAGAUUCCGGUGGCAGUUUUCAAGAACAGCCACUGAAAAUUCGGACUCGACGGCCAGCAAACUCGGCCAAACUAAUUGCUCCUACUACUCUGGCUCAGGCGCCUGAGAUUACACCUGAUACAUCAUUGGCUGCUGGCUUGGGUGAGACUUUAGAUACAUCCAAUUCAGACUGGGCUUCAGCAAAGCGUAGUUGUCUCAGUAAGACUGGAACAUCAUUGGCCACCCCUGGUGCAGUAUUAGAUAAUCCCCCAUCAAAGCGCAUCCGUCCCAACAAAGUUCUGCCGAUAUCCGCACCUGAACAGGCCCCAAAGGUUGGUAAUGUCCCAGCAAAGUGUGGUCGUCCCAAGAAGGCCCGAAAGGUCAAAACCUCAAUCACUUUCAAGCCAGAACCUUUGGAGGAUGCCGAUUGGGAGCGUAUCCAGGCCCGAGCUGCAGCCUACUGGCGAGAUAAGUGGGAGGCAAACCCAAUGAUGAAAGACUCCAAUUCAGCUCGAGGUUUCAAGAAAUCUAUCGACUAA